UAUAUUACCUUAUUAACAAAGCCUCUAAUUCUCCGUAAUAUCUACAAACUAGCAACAUGAGUUUUACUUUAUAUGAUGAACCACAUACCGAUGAGGCACAAAAGGUUGAUACUGAUUCUUUAGAAGCUGUGAAGCGCCCAUUGGUGCAAGUUCUGGAACCCAAAUAUUGCGUAAGAAGACCAAAUACUAGGCCGGUUGAGUAUUCCAUAACUCCAAUAAUGUCCUACAUUGAUUGCGAGUCAGAUAGGUUAUCGUUAAAAAAAAAUCCAACUCUGAAUGAAAAAUGGAUUGAAUAUAUAAGAGCACAACCAAUAAGUAAUCGGGUAUUUGCCCCAAAAAAGGAAUGUGCUGAGGCGUCAAACAGACCAAAGCCUCGCAAGUUUUCGAUGAAUGGUAAGUCCUUCUAUGACAAUGAAAAUAGGCCAUGCCCUGUUCCUGCAGUCCGUCGUGACUUUGGUACACCACGCGUCUUGCCAAAAAGCCGUAAUAAACCAUAA